UGUCGUCCGUCGUGGAGCGACGCCGAUCAGAAGGUGAGAGCGGGCGUGCUCCCGGUUCCGGGGCGCUGGGAGAAACAUGGUUCUCCGGCGGCUGCUGGGCGCCCUGCUACACAGCCCGCAGCUGGUGGAGCGUCUGGCCGAGUCGUGGCCCAUCCGACGUGCGGCGCAGCUCACAGCCUUCGCCCUGCUGCAGGCCCAGCUACGCGGCCAGGACGCGGCCCGCCGCCUGCGGGACCUCGCGGCUGGGCCUGCAGGGUCCUUGAGCCGCCGCGCUGAGCGAUUCAAAGACACCUUCACCCAGGAGCUACGCCGCAGCCUCCGGGACCGCCCGGGGUCACCGCCAGGUAACCAGAGGGGCCCAGGUGCUAGCACUUAACCCCUGCCUGGGCCGGGUCGAGGUCGCUUACUUUUCCUUUUGGGCUCUACAUCGGCCUCGGCGUUAAGGAAUCAUCCCGGGCAGUGAGCACGGCUUCGAAUCCCGACUCGGAUUGUUGGCCUGCGGACGUCCUAUGCAUAAGAACUUAGGCUAAACCGACAUCCCGGUUGAAGUCCUGUGAUUGGACAGGGCACAGUGUGGAGAAAGACCCCGAAGCCUGACAGAGGUAUAGACUGGACUUGGACACAGCAUGUACCGAGAGCCACAGAACGAACCACAGCCAGAGAGAGAGCCUUCCCUCCGCAAAUGGGACUAAAACUCUUGGUGGAUGCAGCUGCUUCUGCAGCGCUAUAGCAGGACACUUAAUUCCAGGGAAGGCCAUGGAUGGAGAGACAAGCCUGCAGCUGCCCAAAUCCUCUGAUUAAAUAUGUGAGCUAAGAAGCAUGAGUGUAGUACUUCUCAGACAAGAUGGAUACUGGGGGCUAUAGGCAAUGAUGGCAAUAAUAGUUAACACAUAUUGAGCACUGUGCUGGCACUUAAUAUUUGCACUCUAUGUAGGCCCUCUGACUUAUUACAACCACAUUCAUAGAAAGAGGUGAACUACUUCUUAAGUUGUCCGAAGCCUUAAGAGUGGGAUGUGAGCAGAGUCAUUUGACUCCAGGGCAUAAGUCACAGCUCUUUACAACAUUUACACUGAUGCUCAAUGCCCAUCUUCCCCCACCAUCACCACCAGGCAGUGAGAGUACUGCUUACCACCCGACAAGCUACCCAGAUUCCUAUUCCCCACUUUAGACACCCUAGGAUACAAGCCAUUAUUAUUGUCUAACGAAUGGACCCUUGAAUAAAAAACCCAUUGUAAACAGAAA